UGGACUGUGUUUGAAAACAGGAAAUAAGAGAGCGUCAACCAAACAAAUAAGAGUUACUCUAGAGAAGAGCUCUGGAGUCAGAAGAGCGAUGCUUCUACCGGGGAGAAAACAGCUUUUCUGUCUUUUAUGGACCGUAAUUUUAUUAUCACAGUGGGUGCAUGGCCAGCACUGUAUCUGGUAUGGUGAAUGUGGUAUUUCCCCUAAAAUUAAAGAGGAUAAGUUAAACUGUAAUUACACAGGCCCACCUAUACCUUUACCUGACCAGGAAGGACAGGAUCUGCUACAGGAGCUGUGCCCGGGACUGGUCUAUGAGGACGACAAAGUUUGCUGCGACACCCAGCAGCUCAAAACACUGAAAAACAAUAUUCAGAUCCCGCUUCAGUACCUGUCCAGGUGUCCAGCAUGUUUCUUCAACUUCAUGACCCUGUUCUGCGAGCUUACCUGCAGCCCCAGACAGAGCGAUUUUGUCAAUGCCACGGAGUUCUCCGAAUUUAACAAAACCACAGCUAAUGUUAACAAGGUGUCCUACUAUAUCAGCCAGACAUUUGCCAAUGCCAUGUAUGACGCCUGCCGUGAUGUUCAGGCCCCCUCCACCAAUAUCAAAGCUCUCAAUCUGCUCUGCGGGACAGACGUCAGCCUGUGCACUCCCAACAAAUGGAUCGAGUACAUGUUCGAUAUCGAGAACGGCCAAGUCCCCUUCGCUAUUGACCCUCAUUUCUCAGAUGUACCCAUCGAAGGCAUGACUCCCAUGAGCAACGAGACUUUUAACUGUACUCAGUCUCUGGAUGAUGGCUCGGGACCCUGCUCAUGUCAGGACUGCAGUGAAGCUUGCGGCCCCACACCGGUGCCCCCCCCGGUCCUUCCGCCCUGGACCAUCCUUGGACUGGAUGCCAUGACCGUCAUCAUGUGGUGUUCUUAUAUAGCCUUUCUCAUCCUGUUCUUUGGAGUUGUGCUGGGGGCAUGGUGUUACAGGAGGAGGAUGGUCACAUCUGAAUAUGGCCCAAUACUUGAUAGCAACCAGCCCCACUCCAUAAACUCUGAUGGCACUGAUUUUGCAGGUGACGCUACGUGCUGCGAGACAAUGGGCGAGCGCUUUGAGAACUUUCUCCGCGUACUCUUCAGCAGCUGGGGCUCCAUGUGCGUGCGUCACCCCUUAACCGUGAUCCUGACCAGCGUGGUGCUGGUGUCCAUCUGCUCGGCCGGACUAACCUACAUGCGUAUCACAACCAACCCGGUGGACCUCUGGUCGUCUCCCAGCAGCAGGGCCAGGCAGGAGAAGGACUAUUUUGACCAGCACUUCGGACCUUUUUUCCGCACAGAGCAGCUCAUCAUCACCACCCCGGUGAAUGCGUCGUUCAAUUUUUCACCCACCACUGGAGGAUCAGACAUUCACUUCUCCUCCAUUCUGAACAUAUCAAUCCUCCAUCAGGUGUUGGAUCUCCAGACAAAAAUUACAAACCUCACAGCUGAAUAUAAUGGAGAGACGGUUACUCUUAAAGACAUCUGUGUUUCUCCACUGGCUCCUUAUAAUGAUAACUGUACCAUCCUAAGUGUGUUAAACUACUACCAGAACAGCCAUGAAGUCCUGGAUCAUGAGUUAUCUGAUGAGUUCUACGUCUAUUUUGACUACCACACUCAUUUUCUUUAUUGUGUCAGUUCUCCUAUGGCCCUGGAUGACACAGGACACUUUCAUGACCCCUGCAUGGGUACAUUCGGAGGACCGGUUUUCCCCUGGCUUGCUCUUGGUGGAUAUGAGGGUACUGAUUACAACAACGCCACAGCUCUAGUGAUCACCUUUCCCGUCAACAACUACCUGAAUGACACAGAAAAACUAGGCAAGGCUUUAGCAUGGGAGAAAGUGUUUCUCGAAUUUGUGAAGAACUAUGACAACCCCGACCUGAUCAUCUCAUUCAGUUCGGAGCGCAGCAUUGAAGAUGAGAUCGACCGCGAGAGCAAUAGUGACAUCACCACCAUCGUGAUCAGCUACGUCAUCAUGUUUGUCUACAUCUCAUUGGCUCUGGGACACAUUAACAGCUUCUGGACCUUGCUGGUGGACUCUAAGAUCUCUCUGGGCAUCGCCGGGAUCCUGAUCGUGUUGAGUUCAGUCGCAUGUUCUCUAGGUAUCUUCAGCUACAUCGGCAUCCCUCUAACUCUUAUCGUCAUUGAGGUCAUCCCCUUCCUCGUGCUGGCUGUAGGUGUGGACAACAUCUUCAUCAUUGUACAAACCUACCAGAGAGAUGAGCGAAUGCCUGAGGAAGAACUUCAUCAGCAGAUUGGACGUAUCCUCGGAGAUGUGGCUCCCAGCAUGUUCCUCUCUUCCUUCUCUGAGACUGUUGCUUUCUUUUUAGGUGCUCUGUCUAGCAUGCCUGCAGUGAGGACCUUCUCUCUGUUCGCUGGCCUGGCAGUCUUCAUUGACUUCCUUUUGCAGAUCAGCUGCUUUGUGUCUCUGCUGGGCCUGGACAUCAAGAGACAAGAGGCAAAUCGUCCAGAUAUUUUGUGCUGUGUGAAGUUGUCUGAUGGGCAGCGGGAAAAAUCUGAAGGUUGUCUGUUUCGCUUUUUCAAGAAGAUAUAUGCUCCCUUCAUCUUGAAGGAUUGGGUGCGCCCCCUGGUGGUUGCUGUUUUUGUGGGAAUGCUGUCAUUUAGUGUAGCCGUUGUUAAUAAAGUGGAGAUCGGGCUCGAUCAGAGAUUGUCCAUGCCUGAUGACUCCUACGUGCUGGAUUAUUUUGGGAAUUUGAGUGAGUACCUGCACACCGGGGCACCAGUUUACUUUGUGGUAGAGGACGGACAUGACUAUAAAACAUCAGAGGGUCAGAACACAGUGUGUGGCGGCGUGGGCUGCAACAGCAACUCUCUAGUCCAGCAAAUUUAUACCGCAUCUCUCAUGAAAAACUAUAGUAGGAUCAGCAACGUUCCUUCGUCCUGGCUGGAUGACUACUUUGACUGGGUGAAGCCGCAGUCCUCCUGCUGCAGAUAUUACAACACCACCGGAGCGUUCUGCAAUGCUUCAGUGGUGGAUAAGACAUGCGUUCACUGCAGACAUACGAGCCCUAGUGGGAAACAGAGGCCUAACAGUGCUGAAUUCAUGCGCUUCCUCCCCAUGUUUCUCUUAGACAACCCAAAUAUCAAGUGUGGAAAAGGUGGUCAUGCUGCAUACAGCACUGCCGUGGAUCUCAUACAGAACAACACUGACGUAGGUGCCACCUACUUCAUGAGCUAUCACACCAUAUUGAAAACCUCAUCUGACUUCAUUGACGCCUUGAAGAUGGCGCGAGAGCUUACAGACAAUAUCACGCAAGCCAUCGGACCACAAAACAAGACUUACAGCGUCUUCCCUUACAGCAUAUUCUACGUCUUCUAUGAACAGUAUCUCACGAUCAUCUAUGACACUGCCUUUAACCUCGGUGUGUCGUUGGGCGCCAUCUUCGUGGUGUCCACUGUGCUUUUGGGCUUUGAGCUGUGGUCGGCAGUACUGGUGUGUGUCACCAUUGCCAUGAUCCUGGUCAACAUGUUCGGAGUCAUGUGGCUGUGGGAUAUCAGCCUCAACGCCGUCUCAUUGGUGAACCUUGUCAUGUGUUGUGGCAUUUCCGUGGAGUUCUGCAGUCAUAUUGUGAGGGCUUUCUCUGUCAGUACCAAGAGCUCGAGGGUCGAACGAGCGAAGGAGGCGCUGGCACACAUGGGCAGCUCCGUGUUCAGUGGCAUCACCCUCACUAAGUUCGGUGGGAUCCUGAUUCUCGCUCUCUCCAAAUCCCAGAUCUUCCAGAUUUUCUACUUCCGCAUGUAUCUGUCAAUAGUCCUGCUCGGAGCCGCUCACGGCCUCAUCUUUUUGCCCGUGUUACUCAGUUAUGCAGGCGCAUCUGUAAAUAAAGCAAAAGCCAUGGCUGCUCACAACAGGUUUGUGGGUACGGAAAGAGAGCAGCUUAUCUACUAACAGCUCUGUGACGCUGAACGGCAGUGGACGGCUCCAGCUUUUCAUUUCCAUGUUACAUGCUUAGUAACACACUUAAACAGACUUAACUCAGGACCCCCUUUGGGUGUACAGAAGGCCUUUUUCACAGCUUUCCCUUUCGACAUCCACCAAAAAAAACCUCGACUCUGAAGAACGGGCUUGGAAGAUCUUUCAGUAUUGAAAUGAUGCCGUAAGGAGAGUCUGCAUGUGGGAAAGAGGAGUCAUUUUCUUAACUGGGUGUUAACAUCAGAAACGGGUUGUAACCACAUGUAACGCAGCAGUCACUGUGGUAAACCAACCAACCAAGACAACUUUUUUUUUUUUUUUUUUUUUUUUUCAUGUUAAUGUAAAAUGUGUAACUAAUCCUUUUUAUUUAUUUGUGUUCCUUUUCGUCUUUUGUUAGUGCGUCUCAUUGAUUUACUUCACUAAUAAUGAAAGAUCUGUCGACAGCGAGUCACAACGGACAAUCUCUUGAUUUAUUGUGACGCUGUGACGAGAACACGUUACACAGAUGGCUGUCCAUUUGCGGCUAGCACUACCUGAACUUUGUUGUUGAACGCAGGUAGCAAAACCACUUUAUUCUUAGCUAAUUAACAAAGUCGGGAGAAUGGUAUGCAGUGGCGCAUGAUAAACAUUUAUGUUUUUAAACCGUUUACUUAAGUUGUGCUGUGGCGCAGUAAUUAGCAUUGACGUGCUAAUAAAGGGAAUGCUAGCAAACACGAGACUUGAAUCACUAGGCUAACCUGAGGUUUAAUUAACCAAAACACAAGGAUACUUCAGCACUGCAGUUUGGUUUAAAUUCACAUUCCUCAGAAUUUGCCUGCUUGUUUCCAUUAUUAGCGUAUGUUGUUUUAGAAUGGUUGCUAAAACAGGUUUUUUUUUUUACCUCAGAAACGUGGUGGGGUGGGGGAGGGGUGGUUUAACACUAUUGAAUCAACGUGUGUUUGCACACAAAUAAAUGGUUAUUUUUUACAAAGAUACGUUUGGAUUGACAGGGGUUGGCACUGGCAACAUGGACAUAUUUGAAAAUGCAAUAGUGUUUUUGUUUUUUUUAAGGAAAGAAGAAUUUGGGAUCAUGUGUGCUAUAUGGAUGUUGUAACAGUUUAAAGUUUGUGCUUUUUGGGUAACGGUCCCUGAUUUGAAGAAUUUUUGAAAUAAAAUAUAGGUACUAAUUUGUA